AUGUCCGAAAUGAAAGUCCUCGUCCUGGGUCUUCCCAGAACAGGCACACAAUCCCUCGCCGACGCCCUCGCAAUCCUCUCCAUCGCCCCCGUCUACCACAUGCGCGAAGUCGCCAAAAACACCCACCAAGACCUCUGGAUCGCCGCCAUAAACGACAAUCUCCCCAUCUCCAACCCUAAAAGCCCCUGGUCAAAAUCCCAAUGGGCCGCCCUCCUCUCCCCCUACGCCGCAGUCUCCGACUUCCCCCCCUCCCUCUUUCCAACCGCCCUCUCAGAAGCAUACCCAACAGCCCCGAUAAUCCUAACCACUCGCUCCUUCGACUCCUGGGCGUCCUCGAUGCGCGAUACCCUGAUCCACGCACACCUCCACCGGGACAAACACCAAAAGAAAUCGCCGAUGAAGGGGUUGGCGGACGCGUACCACUCUAUCUGCUGGGACAACAACUUUGAGAAGAAUGGAGAGGCGUAUUUUCAGAGACAUCACGAGGAGGUGAGGGCGUUACAGACUGAGGGGCGAAAGUUUCUCGAGUAUAAGCCUGGAGACGGGUGGGAGCCGCUUUGUGCUUUUUUGGUAGUCGAGGUGCCGGAUGCGCCGUUUCCGAGGAGUGAUGAUUGGGUUGAGUAUAAGAAGAAGGUUGAGCAGGACGGGAGGGAAGCUGGUGCUGUCAAAAAGUAG